AUGUUGCAGGAAACAAGGGCAAUCUAUCCUGUAAAUAAGAAGAAGACGUCAACACAGAUACAGCUGGUAGAACGAUGGAGAAGGAAAUGCCACAUCAAGCUAAUUAUCAUCAACCAUAUCUGUUCUCCAGGAACUGGGGAGAGCGGGAAAACCACCUUCAUCAGACAGAUGAAGAUCAUCCAUGGCCGAGGCUUCUCAGAGGAGGAGAGAAAGUCCUUCGCUAAGUGUAUCUACCAGAAUAUCUUCACUGCCAUCAAAGCCAUGACUGGAGCCAUGACCACACUAAGAAUUCCUUAUGCCAACCCUGAGAAUGAGAAGCUUGCCAAGUGGCUGCAGGAUGUAAACACAUUGCACAUCAUUCACCUGGAGAGAGCAUAUGUGGAUGCAAUCCGUCGCCUCUGGUUGGACGGGGGAAUACGGAUCUGCUACAGCCGCCGCUGCGAGUACCAGCUCCUGGACUCCACUGAAUACUACCUGAGCAACUUGGAGCGGAUCUCGGCCCACGACUACAUCCCCACAGAGCAGGACGUGCUGCGUGUUCGGUUUCCCACCACGGGCAUCCACGACUACUCAUUCACCAUCAAGAACAUCACGCUAAGGAUUGUGGAUGUUGGCGGCCAGAAGUCAGAGCGUCGGAAGUGGAUCCACUGCUUUGAAAACGUCACCUCCCUCAUCUUCCUGGCCUCCCUCAGCGAGUACGACCAGGUCCUAGAGGAGAGAGAGAGCAUUAACCGUAUGGAUGAAAGUUUGGCUCUGUUCUACACCACCAUCCAUUCUGCCUGGUUCCAGAACACCUCCAUCAUCCUCUUUCUCAACAAGACAGAUAUCCUGGAGGACAAGAUUAAGACAUCUGAUCUGAAUAAAUACUUCCCAGUUUUCACAGGUGAAAAACGGAACGCUGAACAAGCAAAGCAGUACAUCCUGAAAAUGUAUGAGCAGCGGGCCGUCAACAAAGAAACCCGUGCUUGGAAGACCUUGUACCCACACUUCACCUGUGCCACAGACACCAACAACAUUCGCAAGGUUUUCAUCGACAUAAGAGACACUGUGCUGCUGAAGUCCCUAAGGGACUAUGGAGUCCUUUGAAAGGAAUACCAUAUGUAGAAGCAAAAGAAAAAAAAACAAUGGUUCCCAAAUUAAUAUGGAGAAGACUGAAGGCUGCAUUUGAAGUACAAACUGAGCUCUCUUUUCAACAUGAAGAAUAGUUUCCUUAAGAAAUCCUCUUCACCUUUGCUGCCUUUUACUGAUGAAGCAAGUGGAGUUUCUACUUCUUUGCUAAGCAAUGAUUUUGAGAACAUGAACAUCUACAAAAAGAGCCAGAAUCAUGUAGCUUUAAUCACACCUCUGUUUCUGUGUAGGAUUGUUUUUUACAGAAGAAGUGUUCAGGUCAUGCAGUGUGCGUGUUAUUCUGUAAUUGAGGCUGGAGUACAGAUGCUAUGAAGUGUGGUGUGGCCAUUAAUGCUGGAGAUAGAGGUCAUACAUGGCUGCUCCUCUGCUGCUGUGGUCAAAUUAAACAGUUUCAGGUAUAUCCACCAAUUUCAGACAGAGAAGAUGUCUAUACACACUAAAAUGCAAACUAUUAACAUAGAAGGUCACCAGAAUUUUAGUUAAUUUUAGUUGCACUCCUUUUAUUUAUCCUCUUUUAAUAAAUCUUGGUAUUGUGGUAAAAUUAUUGUGAAAUUCCAGAGAAUGCAAGCAAAGAAGAAGCUGCAAGACCUCAGUAAAUUUUAAUGAUGAUGAUUUUAUCAUUACAUGUUUAAAAGCUGCUCCAUCAAUUCUGAUGGGGUACUUAUUCACUAAUUACUCUCUAGUUUUUAAUUUUUGACUUGUCAAUUCAGAUUUUGAACCAUUUUUAGUCUCUUCUUAUUUCUCAGUGUAGCAGCUUUUAAUUCAGUGGUAAAAUUAAGAAAAUACUGGCUUAUCUCUAUUAAUAAAUCAUAGCAAGUGUCCCAAACCUUUAUCUGUAUGUUAUUAAUUGCUUAAAUGUGCACCAGCAUGCAUAUUCUUGGUUAAGGAAAUAGACAUUGAAAUUUAUGUAAGCUCUUAGUUUUUGAAGCAUUUAGUGCAUAAGAGAAAAAAUGGUUUAUAUGUCAGUAUUUGAUGUUUUUAUCACUAAUCAGAGCCUAUUAAGAGUAAUUUAAUAGAACAGAUUGUCAUAAGAGGACAACUAAGCUGAUAGUCUACAGCGUCCUCCCUGCCACCUAAUGUUUUCAGUGACAAACACUCCUGGUAGGUCCUUCAUGACACAAAGGAUGGAUAUAUCGAAAAGAACCUCAUUAUUAAGAGUAAACAUGGUUGAUUGUCUUGGAUGCUAUUCGCAUCAUUAUCUUCCUGAAAUAUCAGAACUUUUAAAACUGAAAAUCAAAGUGACUUUGACUUAAGUCUGAAAAUUUUUAAUCAUCCACUUGAUAAACUGGAUAGUAUGCAUUAACCUGGUUCUUUAUAUUUGCAUGGAGCUCUUUGCUCAGCCAAUUUUCCUUUCUGCAAGUGUUAAUAAACACUUCAAAAUGUACACAUCAAGCUUUAAGGCAAUAUUUCUGGUUGCUUUUUAUUAUCUAUACAGUUUUAUGAUGUUUUUUUUAGAAGUGUCAAAUCAAAUACUGUCAAAGCUUGACAAUAAAAGCAGAGGUGAUCUUUGAGACAAAGACGCUGUUAAACUUAGAAGCUGUAUAAAGAAUCAAAAACUGUUCAAGUUGCACAGGAAUGCUGAGGAGCAAAAUGUCCACAAAUAUAGAACUACUUGAAACUGCUAGAAUACUGUACUUGGAUUCUUAAGUAAAGAUAAACUGUUAAUAGUUAGUUUAAAUUUCAUGUUCUACCUCUGUAUGUAGUUGAUUUUGAGACUGUAAAGGGAUUAAAAAAACAAAGAAACAAAAAAACUAAACCUAAUCUGAAACUGACCUGCAUGUAAAGAUCAUAUGAUUUGUCAAUGGAGCUUUUUUAUCCAUAUUUCUGACUCUUUGCAAUGCAUUUAAAUGCAAAUAUUGACUCUGUAUGUUAACUAAUUUGUAUGUCUUGCAACUGUAAUAAUUGUUGAACUGCUGGACAAAGACUCUAACCACAGAGUGGGUUUGUCGGUAAAUUACUUCCCUCCCUUUGGUGUUAGUAAAUUAUUUUGUAUAGUCUGGUGGAGGAAGAUUAAAAACAUGUUUUUAUAGGUU